AUGGCGGACAGCAUCAGCACUGGGGAGCUAGGCCGGAGGCCGGGGCAGGGCAAAAUAAACCUUUUGCUAGUUGGAGAUGCCACAAGAUACAUCCUGGCUGGCUCUGUGCAGAAAUUCUUUUCUGGCACAACUCAGGUCACCCUGACCAUUAGCAACGUGAAGAAGGUAGCCGUCCUUUUGGCUACUAACUCGUUUGACAUAAUUUUCUUGAAGGUGACUUCCACCAUAACUGCGGAGGAGCAGGAGGCCGCCAUGGUAAUUAGAUCUUACAAGAAGAAAAACGCACAUUUGCUGUUUGCUUUUGUAAUGCCUGAAAAACUUAGAGGCUAUAUUUCAGAAUAUGGAGCUGAUAUUAGUUUCAGUGAGCCGCUGACCUUGGAAAAAGUGAACACUGUGGUAAACUACUGGAAAACAUAUUUCGCAAGCAUGGAUACGGGAAACCCUGAGUUGCUUCCAGACCGCCAACCAUACCUCCCUGCGCCCCGCAGUGAACUUGAAGGGCAUUUUUCUACAGAUCUGUUGCUUAGCUCUGAACUGCAGAAAAAUGACACUGGAAAUGGAUUAAGAGCCCCAUCGCCGAGUCCAGACAGAAACAGAAUGGCUUCUUUUCUUCACUCAAGCAAAGAAAAGCUGAGACGAGAGCGCAUCAAGUUUUGCUGCCAGCAACUGCGCACUCUCCUGCCAUACGUCAAGGGGAGGAAGAACGAUGUGGCUUCAGUUAUUGAGGCCACGGUUGAUUAUGUGAAGCAGGUCCGGGACUCACUCUCUCCAGCCAUUUUGGCCCAGAUUACAGAAUCCAUUCAGAGCAAUAAAAGGUUUUCUAAGAGACAGAUGCCCAUCGAGCUGUUCCUUCCGUGCACAGCCACGUCACAGAGGGAAAAUGCCAUGCUGACAAGCGCUUACUCACCUGUGCAGGAGAUCCAGCUCCUGGCUGACCAGGGCUUGGAUGUGUACUCCGUGCCUGCUGCAGGAGGACCUCUGGAGGGAGCAGCGAGAGCUCACCCAGACUCUGUUGCAGAGAGCUCUAUCGAGGAUCUUUAUAAGGCUCGUGUCCCCAGCACGACUCUCUCUCUGAAUUCCUUCCAUGCUGCCAGAUACCCUUCUGGACCCGCCUCUCCCUGUGAGGCGGCUGCCAGACCGAAUCAGAGCAUUCCCAUUUAUUUACCACCCACUGCGCCCAGUGUGUCCAACUUUAUUCCUCCGCGCUGCAAUGGCAUGCUUUGCCCAGCACGCCCAACCAGUCCCAAUUGUCUGUGCACUCCCGGCCAUGAGCUUCCAGCCAGUCCCCGCGCUGCCUCAUCCAGCAUCUUCCGUGGGUUCCAAGAGUCAGACUCAGAUCAGCAGGCUUCUCAGCGACCCACUGGGCCGUCUCCGCAGCCUCAAGACGGUAGUUACUUCUAA